AUGGCGGAACCAACACCCCCGCUCCCCCCAGUCUCCCCCGAUUCAGGUCCCACGGACCCAAACCUCCCCAAAGUGCCUUCCGGGUGGAUACCGCAAUUCGAUAACACCUCCCGCAAAUACUACUACGUCCAAAUCGCUACCGGCGUCUCGCAGUGGGACAUGCCUACCUCCGCCGCACCCGCGGUUCCCGGCGCUUCGCCCGCCGGCACACCCGCCCAGGGCGCCAAUCCGUACGAUGCACCACACCAGCAGCAGGGACUAGGAGGCGGUGAGGGCACGAGGGGGGUCGAUGGACAGACGGGUGAGAGGAGUGGCGGCUUGGGAGGCAUGGCUAUGAAUAUGCUGAGUGGUAAGCAAAGCGGCGGCGGACAAGGUGGUGGAGGUGGUCUCGUAGGCAGUCUUGCCUCGAGCUUCCUGGGUGGCGGGAAGCAGUCUGGCAGUGGGGGUCACGGUGGCUCAGGCGGUGGAGGAGGUGGGCUUGUAGGACAGCUUGCCAGCGGUCUGCUCGGCGGUGGGAAGCAGUCCCAUGGACAGACUGGAGGUCAAGGGCAGCAGAGUGGUCAACAUCAACAAUCGGGCGGUUUGGGAGGGUUGCUUGGGGGUGUGCUUGGCGGUGGUGGUGCUCAUGGCCAGAAACCUACGGAUUAUGGUUACAGUCAUGGAGCAGGUGGUAACACGUAUACAGGUCAGGCACCGCCCUCGGCGUAUCAACCUGCAGGCCAACACGGCACUCCUGGAUACGGCAGCCCAGCUCCGAGUUCCACGGCGGGCCAGUAUGGUAGCCCAGCUCCUCCGGUAAGACAGAGAUCUCGUUCCUUUUCGUUCGGCAAUCGCUUGGCUUUCAAUGAUCCGGCUCCGAGGCGCGCUUCUUCAGAGCCCAACGACGCUCAUCCACGAACAAUGUGCCUGGGCCCACCACAAAGAGCUCGAGUCGAACGUGCUAUAGAUGAAAGAAGUAUAUCCUCCGACGACACUGGCCAAUAUCAACCACCAGGACAGUACAAUGCUCCGCACAGUGGCCACACCAGCCCACCUGCAGGCCAAUACCACUCUCCACCUCCGCAUGGUCAGCCAUCCUACGGAGCUCCAGCUCCUUCCUACGGCGCACCAGGUGCACACGACCAAUACGGUACGCAGCAGCACGGCGCCCCUUCGGGGCAGUAUAACCCCCCAGGCCAACACGGAGCUCCAGGCCAGUACAAUCCACCCGGUCAGCACGGCCAGCACGAACAGUAUGGCUCCCAGCACGGGACGCCAGGCCAAUACCCCCCGCCAGGCCAAUCGCCCUACGGUGCCCCGAACCCAUCGUAUGGAGGCGGGAAUAACCAGUACCCCCCGCCACCAGGGCAAUACAACCCAGGAGGCCAGUCGCAUGACCAGUACGGCCACGGAGGUCACGGUUCUCCUCCGCCUCAGCAGCAGUAUGGCCAGGGAGGCCAUGGCGCUCCGCCAUCUCAGCAGUACGGCCACGAAGGUCAUGGUGCUCCACCGCCUCAGCAGCAGUAUGGCCAGGGCUAUGGAGAUCAGGGCCAUCAGCAGCCGGGCCAGUACGGCCAGGGUGGGUAUCCAGGACAGGGCGCGCAUGGUCAGCAACAACAGCAGCAUGGUGGCCAGCCAGGUGGGUAUGGCAGUCAUACACCGCAGCCGCCGCAGCCAGGAUGGUAA